AAAAUACUGGGUGGCUCCUCUCAGUUUUCUCUGGUUUUAUUAUCGACUAAUGUCGAGUAAGUUCAAUGAAAAUCUCAAUGUAAAUAUUGUAAAUUAAUAAAAGUUAAAAAUGAUUCGAACGUGUUUAUUACGUGUUUGUGGACUUGUGAAAAAUUCGCCAAGAAACGUUUCAUCUGUGAGCAACGAUACACGUAAUUUAUUUACUGUUGAUUACAUAUACUCACAUCUGUUAAAGACGCACAUCCCUUUGGUACAUAGUACGAGGAAUAAGACAUUUUUCGUAAAUAAAUCUGCGGAUGAAUUGUGGAAGGGUGUGACGAGUGUCAGUAAUGCAGGAAGACUCAGAGGUAGAGCAAAAGGCUUACCAAGAAAGAAAGAUUUAAACAAGGGUCAGAUUAUUGGAAUAGGAAAAGUUUCAAUGCAAUUCCCUGGUCUCAAUACUCCUGUGUUUAGAGGAAGAGAACUCGUUCAUCAGCAAAAGCUACCUGUUGAUCCUGAAAGAGAAGAAAGGCUCGCCAAGCUACGGCAGAGCAUUCCGAUGAGAAAACGGAUGAAAUUAUCACGUUUGGAACAAGGUUGGACAAGCGCUCAUAUUGGUGGCAGAAAGAUUGGACCACCUGAUUCUAUUGGAGGAGAUACCUUUGAUGACUUUGAAACUUGGGUACUGGAAAGCAAAAUAGUAACUCAUAUGACUGGUAAUUUAGGACGCAAGAGUAGGAUCAGUAUAUUUGUCGUAACAGGAAACGGAAAUGGUCUAGCUGGAUUUGCACUAGCAAAAGCACCUGUACAAAAAGCAGCGAUGAAAACGGCUAAGAAUAGGGCGGGUCAAAGAUUGAUGUAUAUUCCUAGAUACAAAGAGCAUACUGUAUCACAUGAUUUUUUUACACAAUUUGGAAACACAAAGAUAUUUGUAAAGAAAAUGCACGAAGGAUAUGGACUUGUCUGCCAUCGUGCGAUAAAAGCAUGUUGCGAAGCGAUUGGGAUAAAGGAUAUACAUGCCAAAGUAGAAGGUUCUAUAAAUUUACAGAAUAUUAUAAAAGCUUUCUUUAUUGGUUUAUUGCAACAGAAAUCGUAUCAACAACUAGCGGACGAAAAACAAUUGCACUUGGUUGAAUUUAAAUCAGAAAACGGAAAUUAUCCAGAAGUAAUCGCUUCGCCAUCGAAAGUUAGAAAGCCAGAAGAAGUAACGUCGCAUGAGAUCCUCGAUUUUACUCAAUACGUUUUGGGUGGCAAAGUAAUAUUGCAAAAAAAGAGACCUCCUGCAUUUUAUACUAAACUUCCAUCGUUUAAAACAAAAUUGGUAAAAUUAGAACGAACGAGACACUUCGAUGAAACGAGGAUAAAUUUACUAGCAGAAUACGGAGCAUUGCAUAGUUUUCUGACUAAAAAGUAUCCGGAGGCAAAGCUGUGUCCUAAGCCAAAGCAAAGCAAGAACAACGAAACUGAGGAAUAGAGAGUGUAUCUGAUUGUUACUGUACUCUAUGUAUGAAUGCUUAUAAUAAAGCCCUUAUUAUUACAAGAUUAUGUUUUUAUAUUGAA